AUGGCUGCUCAACCAUCUGCGCCACCCAGCUAUAGCGAGAGUGUACAACAGAAUCAAGGUUACCCAGGCUACCAGCCCACAUAUGGAACCGUCAACACUCAGCAAACAGGACCAUAUCAACAAGGAGGCAUGCCAUACCCUCCAGCGGGGGCUUAUGAUCCCAACAAGGUAGCAGGGGCUUACAAUCCGGGACCGUAUCCACCUCAGGGUGGUUAUCCUCCCCAGCCCGGCUAUCCGCCACCUGCAGGAGCUGUUCCACAGUACAGCCAGGCUCACACAACCCACACAAAUGUUCAUGUACAUCCCACACAGUCGGUCGUGGUUGUGGGAGGCUGUCCAGCGUGCAGGGUGGGUAUUCUCGAAGAAGACUUCACCUGCCUCGGAGUUUUGUGUGCCAUCCUUUUCUUUCCCUUGGGAAUUCUUUGCUGCCUGGCCCUGCGACAACGACGCUGCUCUCACUGCGGAGCUGUCUUCGGCUAA